CUUAAAAUCGAUAUCAUCUGAAAACCCAACAUAAAAGUGGAGCGAAACUCGCUUUUUCUGUUGAUAUCUCUCACACUCGCUGUUGACUCCCAUUCCUCCCUCUCUUAACCGACUGACUGUAUGUGUGGUGUUUGGCCUCACAUUCAAUAUACAGUAUAAUAUGUGACGAAAGGCCUGAGCACUGAAACCAAUCAAUUAUUGCAAAUAUUUUUCUCCCAGUUUUUUAUAAUCGAAAUCCUUUUAGCCAUUCAUUUCGACAAAUGCUCCCAAAUUGUGUUCAUAUAGUAGUCGCUUAUUUGGAGUCAUUUUUAUGAGAGAAUAUUCUGUUGUAUACUUGGAAACAACAAACAGAAUAUUCUGUGAAGUAAUAAAUUGUGUGCCGAUAUCACUAUAUCGCGACUCCACUCACAACUCGUGUCUCUCACUCGCGAGUGUCUCCUAAGCGAUAGAUGUCUUCAUUUCACGUCCAACCCGUGUCUGAGGAACCGGUCGAUUGGGGCGAAAGUCCUCAUUGGGACGAAUCGCGACAACGGCUCUCAUAUGUGGACUGUUUCGCCAAAUGUAUCCAUCAAAUAGACCCGGAAAGCGGUAAAUGCGAUCGUUUUACUAUAAUGUCGGCCACAAACCGGUCCACACCGAUGACCACAAUGGCUAUACCGGUGACGGCCAACGACCAGUCCGAGCCCGAGUUCCUCAUCACGUUAGGCAACUCUAUCGCCAAAUACUCGCCGGCGUCGGGAGAUAUACUAAAGUUGGCGGACAUCGAGAGCGGAUCCUAUUUUAAUAACGGAAAGUGCGAUUCCGGGGGUCGGCUAUGGGUCGGCUCGUUCACAGGUGAGCCGGGUAAUCCAGUAACUAUGGUUAGGGGAGCGGGUAAUCUGUACGAAUUCAGCGCCGGUAAUCUCGUGACAAAGUUUAGCGGAUUAUCAAUUCCUAAUGGCAUUACGUGGUCGUCCGAUAACCGCAAGGUCUUCGCCGUCGAUACUAUGGAGAGAAUUAUUAAUUGUUUCGAUUUCGACACGGAAUCGGGGAAUAUAGGCAAUAAAAAGGUAUUCUUCAGUUCAAACAGCGAUUUCAGUUUCAAAGGCACGGAAAUCCCUUAUGGCAUCACCACCGAUGUCAGGGGCAACCUAUGGCUAGUGGUCUACUAUGGCGGCAAGAUUUUGAAUAUCGAUUGCAACACAGGCAAAGUGAUUAACAAAAUCGAUUUGAACGCUAAUAUGGUUACGUCGGCCUGUUUUGGGGGCAUCGAAAUGAACGAACUCUUUGUCACCUCAUCCUUCCGCGGCCUCCCCUCCCAACAGGUCAGCGCACAACAGGCCGGACACACGUUCAAAGUGACCUGUUUUAGGGACAACUCAUUCAAGGGCUGCGCCUCCAACGCCUUCACCCACUUCUGAGACCCUCUCACACGGAAUCCCUAACAGAAUAUCCACAGAAUCGCUGCCUCUAUCUCUCGCCAGAAAUUAAUUCAUAUUUUAAUUUAUUUUUUCCUCUCAUUUUUAUUCUGUGCAUAACUUAAGUCUCAAAAUGAGUUUUGACACGAAAUGCAUCACAAGAAUUGGUGAUUAAUUUGUAUAUCAAUUCUUUCCAAUAAUUAGCGCAUAAUUUAUAUGGAAGUAUGGGUGCGAUGCAAGUGCCAGGAGUUGAUUUUCUAGCUCUUUCUCUCUAUCCAUUAGGGAUGUGAUGUACGGCCAACAAACAUACCAGUGCUCUGACCAACUAAUAAUAGUAAUGUAGUAUCAGGUCUUAGGUGUUAGUGUUUAGUAUUUUUGUAGAGGCUUUCUGUUUGCAACGAUUGAUGACAAUUUGUCGACAACUUUGUAGCGCAAUAAAACAUAAGACAUGUUUAUAGUAUAGGCGAAAAAAGUGACUUAAUUUUAGUCCAUUUAUUAGCGGUAAAGCAAAUAUUGAUCUAAAACUUAGAAGUCGUGUCCAUUACCUGACAGUUCAAUCUCUGUCUCAAAGUUUUAUUAUUACUUUUUACAGCAAAUUCCGGCCCUUUUUAUUGAUAAGAAUGAAACACUAAAACACAUGAUUUGUGAACCAAAAAAACUCGCGACUUCUCUCCUGAGAGGACGCGACAGUAAUUAGUUUACUAUUCCAUUAAAUUUUGAUUAUCAGACCCACUCUCAGCACCGCAAGUAUCACUACCGGUGCGGUCGAUAAUAGCACACUAUUUUCUAGGUAUCGAUAGUUUGUGUCAUAUAAUAUUCAUUAGGAGUUUUCAAAAUAUUGGGUAUUAUCUAAGGAGUGGAUCUCUCUCUCUCUCUCUCUCUCAUGAUUGCAAACAAAGUAGACAAACAAAAGCCAAGUUUUCCGUCAAAAACAAAUAUACAGUUAUAGUCAACACUAAAAACCCUUUGCAUUUGUUUUGGGAACAAUUCAAACAAACGUUUUUUCCUAUCAAACGAAAUUUCAUAUCAUAUGGAUAUACGAAAUGCAAUUAUUUUGUGCUAAUAAUUCAUUACAUGAGUGCAAAACAUAGUAAUUAUUGAAAAUGUUAUUAAUUUUAGGGUAAAAAACGAUAGAAACUAAAAACAUAAUAAAUUUAUGAAUUCAAUGUUCGAGGCG